UAAAGCUUCGAAGUUGCAUCAGUGUUUGCAGGUUGUUUAGCUUCUCUCUUUUGAUUGAAGAAACGCACGGAUUCCAUCCCAUCCAUCACCUCCACCCCUCCCCUCACUCUCUAAACCCAGAAACGUGUAGCUCUUAUUUCUAGCCCAUUCCUGUGGCACCGUUCAAGACAGAACUUGCAGAAAGCUGCUUGUCUACUCAACGCAGACUUAGGGGUCUUUGUUUUAAAAAAAAAGUAUUUUGGUUUUAAGUGGGAUUUUUUUUUUAAAAAAAUAUGGAAAUUAAUCAACUGAGUGGAUUUCGCGAAGCGUAAAAGUUGUGGAUGGUUACUUUCGCGCAUAAGCAUUUAAGGGACUAUUUCACCUCCAAAGGUUGCAGUGCAAUUCAGGAGCAGGUCAAUUUCUUCUCUCUGCAAAAAUAUCGCCAACAAGCAGGCUGGAACACCAUCCAAUUGGGAGAACACCGCGAGUCCGCAGAGCGCAGAUGAUCGCAACGGGUGUUUGUGGCGUUGCGCUGGUGCUGGUGUUGGUGGUUCUGAUUCCGGUCAUGGUUAACUCCGCUGGAACUCCUGCCCGCUAUGAGAUGCUCGGAUCAUGUCAGAUGGUAUGUGAUUCCCACGGGACAGCGGCCACAGCCACGGCCAAGGCAACCAGCCCGAUUAAAGAUAACCGUUUAGUACAGUCACUUCCAACGUUCAUCCAAGGUCCACCUGGAGAGCCAGGGCGAGUCGGGAGAAUGGGCGCCAGGGGUCCGGUUGGUGAGCCAGGGCCACCUGGACCUGCUGGUCCGCCCGGUGAGAGGGGAGCACCUGGUCCCCCGGGUCCACCCGGGUUACCAGGGGCCAAUGGGCCAACUGGUGCCAUCAGCGCAGCCACUUACAACACCGUCCCCAAGAUUGCGUUUUAUGCAGGGCUGAAGAAGCAGCAUGAGGGCUAUGAAGUGUUGAAAUUUGACGAUGUUGUCACAAAUCUCGGCAACCACUACGACCCCUCAACCGGAAAGUUCACCUGUUCAAUACCUGGGAUUUACUUCUUUGUUUACCAUGUGUUGAUGCGAGGCGGAGAUGGAACAAGCAUGUGGGCUGACCUCUGCAAAAACAACCAGGUGAGAGCCAGUGCCAUCGCCCAGGACGCCGACCAGAACUACGACUACGCCAGCAACAGUGUCGUCCUUCAUCUGGAGCCCGGGGACGAGAUUUACAUCAAGCUAGAUGGCGGGAAGGCGCACGGGGGCAACAACAACAAGUACAGCACCUUCUCCGGCUUCAUGUUGUACGCUGACUGAGACACGGAGGAGAUCUAAGGCUGGAGAGAGAGGGACUAAAAAUUAUAUAAAGAGUCGUUUUGCGUUUAGCUUGCUUCACUGCUCCGGCUCAGUUCAAUGUCAACUGAAUUAUUGCAGAGGGAGCUCAGUAUUUCUGUGUUUUAAGGAACCCAGGGAGAUGAAAGAUCAUGCAAAAAAAAAAAAAAAAAAAAAAAAAAAGUACUUUGCAGCAAUGAAGAGCUGACAAUGUAAUUAUAAGAUUAAUUUUAAUUUGUACAGCAGGGUUUUACCCUUGUCAGAUUGAUUAGUGUGGCUAAAGCACUCUGACUAAACUAUUAGGCUUUAUAAAUUAAGUUUGCUGAUAUGUCAAGCCAACUGUAGCUACUGUGGUAACAUUUACUGAGUGACUGUAGAUCGAAAGUUCAAUGUGUUGACGUUUAGCACUCAAUUGUAGAUGAUUAUACUAUACUCACGUACUCACAACUGUUCACAGUGUUAAUCCAUUUGUGUGCUUUUAUUUUCUAAAUAUGUUCUGGUUGUUGGUUUUUAGAGGAAUAUGUUAAGUUGUGAUGAUGCAUGUUCAGAAAAAAAUGGACAUUUAAACACUGUGCAGCAUCUAAUGUAAAGAGCAAACCUAAUGUUUGAAACCCUUUUACAAAACAAUCAUUGCAAGUUAUUUUGUGUGUGUCAACAUGGCAUCUGGUUUAGACAGCAGGGUAGCCUGAUGGUUAGUCACCAUCACAAAACUGGACAGUCACACUGACAGAUAUCGUUCCUCGAGCUCGUUUGCCAAUCUGCUUGUUGAUUUUUUAAACGCCUCCUAAUGAGAAUGUCAGUAAAAAAAUGUGAAGUU